GUGUACUCACGGGAGGACUCGCAGACGUUACUGCCGUCUUGCGUGCCCCGGCCACCCCCGGGCAGCUUGUAGCCGGUGCGCGGGGUGGCUGGGGCUACGUGCAGAGCUGUCGCGGAGCCGGAGCAGCAGCGGUGAAUCCCCUCGGCUCGGCCGAGACCGCCGUGCCCAUUGCUCGCCUCGGUUGCCGCCGCUUUAGCCGCAGCCGCUGCUGCCGCCGCCGGGGGAGAGGCAGCCUAUUGUCUUUCUCCGCGGCGAAGGUGAGGAGCUGUCUCGGCUCGGCCCGCGGGGGAGCCCCGGGAGCCGCACGAAUGGGACAACAGAAGAAGUGACUUCAAAAGAAGACGAAGAAGAAGAGAUGGAUGAAGAUAUAGAAGACUUAGAUCACUAUGAGAUGAAAGAAGAGCCUAUUAGUGAGAAGAAGUUGGAGGAUGAAGGAACUGAAAAAGAAAAUUGGGCAAUAUUAGAGAAAAUUAGGAAGACUGAAAGGCAAGGCCAUUAAAUGUGUUGACCCUGAUAGUCCUUUGCACAGUGAUCUUUAGAUCUUAAAAAGAAGAGAUAGGAGACAUUUUGCUUAUCUUUCAAGUGUUCCUGACAGCAUCUCAGAGGAUGGUGUCCUCUGGCUUACUCUCUGGGAAAUGCUGCUCUGUUGGAAAUCCGGAGUUCUGAGUGAUCCCCAUGUGUUUUCUGCUGCAGAGCAGGACAUGCUGAAGUGAUUCCUUCGUGAGCAGAUGUCAGAGGUCUCCCUCUGACAGCUUGUUACAAAGUUGAUCACGAAUAUACUGUUAUGGUGAGUUGAAGUCCCAGGUUGGGUGUGAAGCAGAGUUGUUUAGAAUUGUGUACUAUUUUGUUACCUUUAAAGCUUCUCUAGGCUGUUUUGGUUUUGGCAGUAAAAUUGCUAUAAAAAGUACUUCUCUUGGCAUAAAACCUCAUGGUCAGUUUUGGAAGUUCAGUGUUAGGUAACCCAGCCAAAUACUUACGUAUACAAAAUAAACACAAGACUGAAAAAUAGUAAGUGUUUAACCUUUGUGUCUCUUGCUCACUACAGCAGGCUUUUUACUAGCCACCAAGCCAUAGUUCUUUUGUUUUUCAUAGUUGAAUGUUAAAAUGUCUUUUUAAUGAGGCCCUUACUGAUUGGGGAGAAAGGACAUAAGUAUUGUGCUUUAGUUUUAUGUGCUGGUUUAUAAAAUUGUGUAUGUUGACUCAAUAUCCCCAUAAGCAUAGGGAAAGGAAAACGGGUCAUUUUUUGUUCAGAAUCUUAUUUGAGAAAAAAAAUGAUCAAAGAAAAGAUUUGGAUAAAAAUCUGCAAAUUCAGGAUAAAUAUAUGAAAACAUUUUAAAAUGUGAUUAUGAAAUAGACCAGUAUAGCUUUUCAACAUUUUGUUGUAAGAAUCCCAAGAAUGUAAGUUUAUGAUGUUAGUAUACCACCUAGAAUCGAGACAAAUACAUGAAGUUAUGAAUCAUGCCAUUUUCAGUUUUAAAAUCUGUUACAUAGUUUCUUCAUUGAUUCUUUUUUGCCACAGUGUGUUAUGGUCCUCAUUAUUUGGAUGAAUAAUUUGAAUAAUAAGUCAGCUUGUGACUUAGCCAAAUAAAUCUUCUGAUUCCUAGUAAAGUGUUUUUCAUUAUACGAAAUGCCAGCUAUGUAAGAGGAGAUUAAAAGUACUAAGAACUGUAAGUACUGCAUUGAUUAUCAUAUGCUAACCAUGGGCCAGGCACGGUGGCACACACCUAUAAUCCCAGCACUUUGGGAGGCUGAGGCGGGUGGAUCACUUGAGGUCAGGAGUUCAAGACCAUCCUGGCCAAGAUGGUGAAACCCCCGUCUCUACCAAAAAUACAAAAAAUUUGCCAGAUGUGGUGGUGCAUACUGGUAAUCCCAGCUACUCAGGAGGCUGAGUCAGGAGAAUCGCUUGAACUCGGGAGGCAGAGGUUGCAGUGAGCUGAGAUCGUGCCACUGCGCUCCAGCCUGGGUGACAAAGAUAAACUCCAUCUGAACAAAAAAGAAAAAGAAAAGCUAAGCAUGGACUUAAUUUCUCUGAGAUUUAAAGCUGCAAAGAGUUGCUCUUCAUGAAGUAGAUGGGAUCUCAGCUGGGCAGUGAAAUGUGAGUGGGGUUUGGUCAGCUGGUGGAGGUUGCAGGAAAAUUAUUUACAGAGGUGAAGAGUAAGCACAAUCAGGUAUCUAGGAAAGAGAAUGAGGGGUUCAGAGUAUACGAAACCAAUUUGAGCUAUAACACAAGGAGGGUAGGAUUCAUGUAGAAGAGUUGUAGGAAAUAUUGCGGAUGUAAUAUUUUGUACUCGAACAGUUCUGUGGAUUGGUGACAGAUUUUUUUUUCAGGUAAGUAAACUAUUACCCCUGGAUAUUCAUCUUUCUAUGUAGCUGGUUGAGAAACAGGGGAGUAACAGUAAAGAAACUGUUUUAGAAUAAAUCUGGUGACAGCAGAAGAGAAUAUGAGACACAUUGUGCUCACAGAGCCUAGAAGAGUGUGACAGUAGUUGAGGGCACCGCUGUUGUCUUAGAGUGAAGUGAGGAGAACCUACAUUGGUGUGGUAGUCAUGGGAGUGGAAGGAGGAAUGAAAUGUGAAAGCCCAUUGGAGGCAGAAUCAAAAUGGCUUGGUCUUAAUAGUCAACUAUUAAGUAAGGAGGAAUUAUUGGCUGACUUAGGAAGAAGUGAAAAAUGUGAAAUACCAAUAAAACACCAGGCUUGCAAUUUUAGUCAGGGUAAAGCUUAAGCGUUGUGUGAUUCUAGAUAGAUUACUGAGGAGUUUUGUUCCAUUUAUUUUAUAUCCCAUAUCUUUGAGCUAUGAUCCUAUUCUUUAUUUCUUGACAUACCCAAACAUUUUUUAAACUAUUGUGAUACAGCUUUGAUAUGAUAAGCCUCACUCUUUGAAGUGUACAGUUCGGUGGUUUUUAGUAUAUUUAGAGUUAUGCAGCCAUUACCACUACCUAAUUUCAGAACCUUUUCUUCUCCCCAAAAAGAAACCCCAUGCCCAUUAGCAGUCACUCUGUAUACUCGUCUCCCCCACCGUUGAUCCUGGCGACCUCUGAUCUAAUUUCUGUCUCUGUAGAUUUGCCUAUCCUGGACAUUUCAUAUAAAUAGAAUCAUACAAAAUGUGGCAUUUUGUGAUUGACUUUUCUUUGAAGUGAUUAUAAAGCAAAUGUCUGAAGAGGCCAAGCUUAGGAUAGUGUUUGCUGUACAGCUUUGACAACUGAAUUUUUUUCAGUUGAAAAUAUUACUGUGUCUGUAUAUGUGGCAUAUUAUCCUUAGAUGACCGUUACUUCAGUUAUUAGAAUUUUUUUCCCUAGUAUUCUUGAACUGUCUCAAUAUUCAGUAGGAACCCUUUGGAGACAAAGAGCAGUAAGAAUUUGGAACACAUAUUGACGAAAUGAAUGUCAUUUAAUACAGUAGUAGAGUCUACCACUUUUAGGUGUCAGUGCUGCUGGAAGUGUAUAUUAAGGAAAAGUUUACUUAUCUUACUUAUCUAGUGAAGGUACUAGAACUACUUCUGUCUUCUGUUUAGAUUUCAACAAACAUUUGCAUAGGUAUUACGCGGUUGUACAAAUGUACUGUCUUUUGACCUGAAAAUGCAAAAACUUCCUUUCUUCCCACUUUCUGAGACUCUGCAACCUUAAAGGAAGAGUGGUGUACUUUAAAGGAAAGGUGGUGAUGGUUGGCUAAUGGGUAACAAUGUCUACAAUAUACUUCCUUUUCCCAAAACAAGUUCCUGUCUACCAUCAGCAUCUCCAAAAUUUGAAGAUCAAGUGUGGUGUUAACUCAUUAACUAAAUGACUAGACUUUGAGCAGUUGUGGAACCAAAAUCUGAGUGAGUGCCUGGAUGUUCUAAUUCUGUUAAAUCAGUGAGUGCACAUUAUAUACAAUACUCUCUUAGCCCAGUGGCAGAUUUAAGGAGUGAGAGAGAGAUUUCAAAUGUUUCAGAAAUCAAAUACACAAAGAAUAAAAAUUUGUAAUCCCAUGAUUGUUUACCUGAGUGUAAUUUUUCGGAGAGUUUUUCUUUUAGAUUUUCUUUUCCUUCCAUUAAACUUUCACUUUGAAAGUUCCCAGGGUUUGGGCAAAGCAAGUGGGAAAGACACUUGCUUGGAUUCUCCAGGGCAAGGGAGUUAAAGAAGACUUCUUUCCCUCAUUUUAUUAUUGAAUAAUGUCAUGAAAACAAUUAUUAAGGUGAAUGGUCUACAGUAGAAGUUUUUAGAUGCCUUCUCUGCAAAAUAAUUUGGUUUAGUCAAUGCAAGGAUGCCUUUGGUUAGCUGGAAUGGAAGAUGCGCAGGCUAGAGUGGUCUUGGCAAGUCUUCUGGGGGGAAAUACAGCAUUUGGAAGGGUAGGAAGCAGAAGGAAUCUCAAGCAAGGGAAAGGUGUGGGCAGAGCCCCGGAGGACAGAACCGUUUGUGGUGGACUUGGUGUCCACAUAGAUCUAAUCAGUGGUCUUAGCUUUUGUGUUUUCAAAAUUACCACAGUUUUUGUUCUAAAACUAUCAUUCCCUUGAUUUUACUUUAGGCAUGCUAUCUGUGUAUUUUGAAAUUUAAAAUAGCAUUAAAGGAGAAAUGAAAUUAUUUUGUUUGAGAAAGAAUUAAAAGGUUAAAACAUCUUGAUCUAAAUAAUUUUCUAAUGGGAGAUUUGGUACAUCCCCAGAAGUUGUCUUUGGUUCAGAGAACAGUCUUCAGACCUAGAAAGGACUUGAGGAGUCCCAGAGAGGAGCCGCAUGGUGUGAACCAUUCGAUUCUCACAACAGAAUGGAUAAGAACAAUUUCAACCAUGAAACCGUGCAGAUGUUCAUAUUUUGAAUAGGGUAUGUAUUGGGUGGAGGAGCAUUAUGUAUGGAACCUCUCACAAAACAGCUCCUACUUUCAAGAAUGAAAAAGGUAUCCCAGCAGUUUGGGAGGCUGAGGCAGGCAGAUCACGAGGUCAGGAGAUCGAGACCAUCCUGGCUAACACGGUGAAACCCCGUCUCUACUAAAAAAUACAAAAAAAAUAGCCGGGCGUGAUGGCGGGCGACUGUAGUCCCAGCUACCCGGGAGGCUGAGGCAGGAGAAUGGUGUGAACCCGGGAGGCAGAGCUUGCAGUGAGCUGAGAUGGUGCCACCGCACUCCAGCCUGGGUGACAGAGCGAGACUCCAUCUCAAAAAAAAAAAAACAGAAUGAAAAAGGCAAACCAGUAAAAUAACAUUGUACUUAGUGCUGAAUUUAUGCUAGGAUAGGCGUUAACAGUGACCUUUAUUUAAGGUUCUAAUUUGCUCAUGUUGGGCACUUAGAACAUUGGUUUGUUGUUUUUUUGUGAGAUUCUGGAAACAUUCCAAUUUUACCUUUUCCCCUUGACUCCAGACUUUUUAACAUUGGUCUGCUACUGUGAAGUUAUAUGCCAUUUGGUUAGGCCUUCUCAAGUGGGAACCAGGAACGCUGCUGUGCUCUAGAGAUGUUUUGUUCUUCCUGUAGGGCUGAAGCAGUGCCUACUCGAUAGAAUCAGUCAUCAUGCAAAUAAAAGCCACCUGAGUCAAAGGCAAAGCCAGAGUGCAGCUUGGAGCAAAGAAGCUCUUUCAAUCCUCUUAAUAACUAUCUGCAUUUUAUGGAUGAGGCAACUGAAGGUAGGUAACUCGUCCAAAGUCACAGGUGGCAGAGCAAGGAUUGGAACCAGACAGUCUGACUGCCCUAGGCCCAGCCAAGAGGAGCUGAGAGCAAGCCACGGGGCAGAAGGAUGUUGGAGGCUGGUUUUCUGUUCAGUUAACAUGAAAUGCAGGCUGUAACCUUAAUUCCAGGACAUUACUGAGAAAGCCUUCCAAAGCCAGAGGGUUGUUUUUUUGUUUGUUUUGUUUUGUUUUCCAUGACCAUGACUUUUGAGCAAAAAUUUGGUUUUGUUUAAAGGCAAUAUGGUGCUCUAAGAAACUUCCACUCACACUUAUGGAGGGAAUGGUAGUUGAGCUAAAUAGUGAAAUGCUGUAGCACACAGCCUUUAGGGCAGCUUCUGACCUAUUUCUAUGGUCAGGAAAGACACCUAUCUUUGCCUGCUGCCCACAGCCUCUAGUUAUUCACCUUCAGAAUUUCCUAGUCUGUGAUCACAUUCAGAUGAGAGAUCCGUUUUGUUUUUUCCAGGGUAGCAGGAAGUGAGUCACCACCUAUACUAAGCAGUCUACUGUGUAUAAAUGAGCAAGGGUGGGGAGCCAGAUUGGAGAACCUUGUGUAAUGCUGAGAUGCUCCAAGAGAAUCCAAGAGGAUGUCAGGAUUAUGCAUGGUGGCCACUUGCCCAUAUAACUUGGAGGAUAUUGAAGAAGAAUCAUACCGACCUGGUUCUGCUACCUAACAGCUGAGUUACUUUGGUCAAGCUCUUGGACUUCUGAGGCUGUUUCCUAAUUUCAAAAGUGGGUAUAUGAUGUGUUAGGCCCUGGUGCGUUGCAAGGAAGAGGUACACACAUAUCACCUUUGAUGAUGAGGGCCGAAUGUUAACUUGGAUGGAAAGUCAUCCAAACAGCGAUAUUGUCUCUGGCCCUAGUAAUUUCAAAACCUCACAGAAUAUUAAUUUAGCAGUAUUUAGGAUAGGGUUUGAGCUCUGAAGACCUACAGUGUGGUUAUUUGUUCAUAUGGCUGUUUUCCAUACUAGACCAUGAACUCCAUGAGGGCAGGGUCUACAGUUUCAUCUUUCUAUCCUAGGCACUCAGUUCAGUGCCUGAUACAUAAUAAUAGAGGCACAAAUGUUUUAAGAGUUGAGGAAUUUUCAACUCUUACUGAAAGAAUAGGAAGAUAUAAAAGCUUCUCAGAGACGGUAUUAUUUAAGCUGAUUUUGUUUUUGUUUUUGAGAUGAAGUCUCGUUCUGUCACCCAAGAUGGAGUGCAAUGGCGUGAUCUCAGCUCACUGCAACCUCUGCUUGCCAGGUUCAAGUGAUUCUUCUGCCUCAGUCUCCCAAGCAGCUGGGAUUACAGGCAUCCACCACCACACCCAGCUAUUUUUUGUAUUUUUAGUAAAGAUGAGGUUUCACCAUGUUGGCCAGGCUAGUCUCAAACUACUGAUCUGAGGUGAUCCGCCCACCUUGGCCUCCCAAAGUACUGGGAUUACAGGCAUGAGCCACCAUGCCCGGCUUAUUUAAGCUGAUUCUUUACGGGUAAGUAGAAAUUUUUUCCAGGUGAAUAAAACCUUGAGCUAUUAUUCCAAGCAGAGACCAGUAGGUGCAAAGACACAGGGAUAUAGAGAUGUUGAAGUUUACCAAACACUGCUAGAUUAAAAAAACAAAAAGGAAACUAUCAAAAUCAAAAAUUAAAAUUAAAAAUCACCUAAAAUACAAACUAUGAAUGGGCUUGGCCAGAGGUCACGUCGCAACUGAGUUAACUAUGACCGUAGACACUCAGUAAUGGAUGGAAGUUUUAGGGAAAACACAUAACAUUCUCAGGUUGUUGGCAGAGUAUCUGGAACAAUUUACAAAUACGGGCAUUGAAUUCUGGGAAUAAUUACACUGUAGUGAUAUCAUUUCCUUCUCUGCGUAUGAAGCAUGUAUGUAUUGCACACUGUUCAAGGUGCUGAAAAUCAGACUCUUCUCGAGCAAUCAAGGGAGAUGGAUGGGUGAGCAACUGAUUAUCAUGUGACAAGUGAGGUAAUAGAGAUAUGACUAAGAUGGUAUCUAAACAAGAAGAAAGGAAUUAUUCAUAAUAUAUGGAGUUCUGGGGAAAUAUUUCUCAAAUGAAGCCGGCCGGGCCGGAUGGCUCCCACUUGUAAUACCGGCACUUUGGGAGGUGGAAGUGGGAGGAUCCAGAGGAUCUAGGAGUUCAAGACCAGCCUGGUCAACAGAGCAAAGCCCUGCCUGUUUCUAUAUUUGAAAAAAAUAAAAUAAAUUUUUUAAAUGAAAUGAUAUUUGAGCACUCUGGAGCACCAUACAAAUAUAGGACAGACUGAAGGAAUGUAUCUGGCUUGAGUUAACAUUUAUUGAAAUUUUAUAUUGCAAAAAUAGUACAUAUUCACUGUUUUGAAACUAGAAAGAAUUGAUAGGCAAGGAGGGCUGUCUACAAAGCACUCCAUAGAUCCACCAUACUGAGACAAUGCUUAAUGCUUUGAUGGAUUUAUUGUAUACUAUCUAUGCAUAUGCAUGUAUUAUAUACAUACAUGUGCGUGGUUAAAUAGAAAUAUUUCUCCUUGGUGUUAAUCCAUUUAUUGUUAUGCAGUAAAUCCCCAAAGAGCACAUUUGCUUUGCCCAAGGGAGUCUUUUGCUACAUACUGCUGUACAUAAUGAAAACUAAAAAAUUGGCUAACUUUUCAGCCUUGUGACCUUGUGGUGAUUCAAAUAGAGGCUUCAUCAAAGGCAGAUUCAGAAAUGAACUUGGUGUGUGGGUAGUUAUGCUUGGCAUUAUUGUUUGUAAUAGUAUGAUAGGGAUGACUUCAGUGUCCACCAACAGGGAACUGGUUAAGUAAACUGUGGUACAUCCAAACGAUGAAUACUGUGCGGUUGUAAAGAAGAAUGACAAAGACCUCUGUACUCAUGUAGAAGAACUCACAUAUAUUGUGUGUGUUUUAAGAGGAACAAGGAAUGGUAUAGUAUGUAUGGUAUGCUACUUUUUGUGUUGAGAGAGAAGAGUAGAAUAAGAAUAUACGUGUGUAUUUGCAAAGAUAAAUUCUGAAAUGAUAUAUAAGAAACCAAUUAAAAGUGUUUGGCUGUAGAAAGAGAAUAAGACUGUGAAUGGGAUUUGGCCACAUACUUUUAUAGGUAGUUAUAUUUAAAAAUUUUCUGAACCAUGUGUUUGUACACAUGACCCUUUUAAAAAUAAGUGAAUGAAGGAAUGAAGUAGGAUUAUGAGAAAGAGAUAAGAACAAAGGAUCUAAGGGGCUGCCCAUCUUUUUAGUACCCAGCGAAUAUUAAUAUAUAACAAUAGCAGCAAAAAUUGGAAGAGUAGCCCCAGGAGGGUAGGGAGUCAGCCUUUCCUUUGUCUUUUCCUCAAUUUCAUAUAUUAAACAAAAUAAUGUGAGAACGAUAAAACAAUUUGAAAUAAAAAAUGUCUCCAGAUCUCUUAAAAGGAAGCUGGGGCAGCUUUCUGUAGCGCACUUCCCAAAAAUGGGCUGAUUUACCUCAAGAGGCAGGGAUUCUAGCCUACAUGGGAUACAUACAGGAGAAAAAAAAAUCAGAAAAAGAAAAGAGAUUUAAAUAUAAAUAAAUGAAAAUAACAAUUCUCCCUCAUUAUAAAGGAAAUCAUUCUUUUUGUAAUAAUUUGGAUGACAAAUAUUAAGAAAAAUCUUUAAUUUGCCACUCAAAACAUUGUGGUUUGUUGCUUUUUAUACGUUUUUAUGCACAUAAACCUUUUAAAAAGUAGAAUCGUAAUAUGUAGUCUUUUGUCCCUUACUAUAUUUUGGGCAUAUUUCUGUGGCAGUAAAUAUAUCCUGGCAUCAUCAUUUUUAAUAGCUGGAUGUAUAUUAAGUUAAUCACUGCCACCCCAGAGGUGAAUUUUCUUAUACAUACAUUUUAAUGGGCUCGAGCAAACAUUUUUGGACUGAAUUCAUAGAAGUAGAAUUUCUGGAGGAAAAUAAUUUUUAGAGUUUUUAAUAGAAAUUUUCAAAUCAUUCUCCAGGAAAAGUGACUCCGGUUAUACUCCCACCAACAAGGACAGAGCUCCAGGUUCUCCUUUCCAUUUGUCAUCUUUCCUGCCUUUCUACAGAAAAUCUGAUUGUUUUCAUGACAUUUCUUUGAUUUCUUGUGCUUUUGAAUCUUUGUAUAUGCCAUUGGCCAUUUUUAUUCUUGUGAGAAAUGCCAGUUUCUCCAUUGCCCAUUUUCGGUUGAAAAUCAUUUGUUUUUUUCUCAGUAAUUUUAAAGAUUUCUUUAUAGACUAAGGAUGCAAGCCUUUUAUCUGUCAUUGAGGUUACAAAAACUUUCUCCCAGUAAGUAAUUUGUCAUUUCAUUUUUUCAUCUUUUCUUUUUCCUUUCCUUUCCCUUUCUUUCUUUCUCUUUUUUUCUUUUCCUUGUUUCUUUCUUUCUUCUUCUUCUUCCUUCCUUGCUUUCCUUUUCUUUCUUGCUUUCCGUUCUUACUUUCUUUUCUUUUCCCUCCCUCCCUCUCUUUCUUUCCUCUUUUUUUCUCUUUUUCUUUCUCUUUUUCUUUCUUCUUUCCCUCUCUCUUUCUUCCUUUCCUUUCUUUCUCUUUGUUCCCUCCCUCCCUCCUUCUUCCCUUUUUUUUCUUUCUUUCUUUCACUAGCCAAGCUCCAAAGUCACGUUUCACUUAAUUUUUAUCCUGCCAAAUUUGAAAGCCUUUUAACUUCGUGAUUUUAGUGUAAACAGGAGCAGCAGAAAAUGUAAUUAUCUAAGUCUCGCUCUGUCACCCAGACUGGAGUGCAGUGCCAUAAUCAUAGCUACUGCAGUCUUGAACUCCUGGCCUCAAGCAAUUUUCCCACCUCAGCCUGCCAAGUAGCUAGGACUACAGCUGUGUGCCACCACACCCAGCUAAUGUUCAAAAAUUUUUGUGGAGAUGUGAAUUCUCUAUGCUGCCCAGGCUAGUCUUGAACUCCUGACUUCAAGUAAUCCUCCCACCUCGGCUUGCCAAAGUGCUGGGAUUACAGGUGUCAGCUACUGCUCCUGACCGAGAGUUUAGUUUUGUUUGCUAGUGGUGUUCUUGGCAUCUUUUCAUAUUUGAGGUUUUGGGCUAGUGCUGAAGUAUUACACUCACCAUCCGAGGUCUACAGGACUUUUGGUUUAAUAUUGAACAGAUGGAACUGUUUAGUUCUGCAUCUUUGCAGGUAUACAGAAUGUGCCUACCAGGAAUCUGCUUUAUAUCCAUUGAAAGCAAGAAAUAAUACAGUAAAACUUUGCCUGGCUAGAGGCUUUGAAAGAAUGGCGUAUUCUGGUUUAAUUCUAUUACUUUGGAAGUAUGAAGGUGAAAAAAAUUCAAAACUUAAAUUUCCUGUUGAAUGCAAUUUGAAAAUAUGGCCAAUGAUUCCACUUUUCUUCUCUAGUAAGGUUGGACAUUCUGAUCUACUUGGUGUUUUAUUAUAGAACUGCUAGUGUGCUUGAGUCUUACAUUGUGAAGAUACUUUUUUAAAACUUGAGAUGUAAGAGGAUGUAAAUGGUUUUGUAGAUCAGGCUGGAUGAGAACGGACACUUGUAAACAUACUUUUUAGACUAAAUCUCUGAUUGCCGCUUGUUUUUCUUAUGGAACUCAUACAAAUAAAACACAUUGGAUGGAGGGUGCGAGUAGGAAGGAGAUUCUUGUCUUUUAAUUGCAUGUCAUUGUUUCAUAACAAGGCAGAACAUAUGGUAACCCUGGCUUUGGACCUACAGAAGGAAACACAUUUUACUACCUGCUGUAUGCCAGAGGUUCUUGAACACUUGGAGGGAUGACUGCAGCACAGAUUGCUGAGCCCUACUCCAGAGUUUCUGAUUCACCAGGUCCAGGGUGGGGCCUGAGAAUUUGCACUUAUAAAAAGGUCUCAGGUGCUGCUGGAGCUGCUAGUCCAUAGACUACAUUUUGAGAACCACUCUUGUCUAUUAAGUGUAAAUUGUAGAACUCUAGAAAAAAGCUUAGUUCGGUCUGAGAUAAGAAGCACACAGGUUAUGGAGAAAAUCAUGAAAGAUUCAACCCUUGAUCCCAGCCUAGUGUGGAUUUCAGGUAACAAGCAGUACACAGUGACAUAACACAAUUCUUGGUUUUCAUGAUUGCAAGUCACAGCCAGGUAUCAAGUGAGGAAUUCAGUUUCAUUUGCAAGGCUUAGAGAGGCCUGGUGAGUCUAGAAAAAUGGGCCUUGUAUUUGUUUUAAACCAGUAAAGAGCUUUAAGUGCUUAUUAAAUUGGAAGUUUUGUGUUCCUACUUAUUUUGUAUCUUAUUUUAUUUUAUUUUAUUUAUUUUGAGAUGGAGUCUUGCUGUGUCACCCAGGCUGGAGUGCAGUGGCAUGAGCUUGGCUCACUGCAACCUCCAUCUCCUGGGUUCAAGUGAUUCUCCUGCCUCAGCCUCCCAAAUAGCUGGGAUUACAGGCACCCACCACCACACCUGGCUAGUUUUUGUAUUUUUAGUAGAGACAGGGUUUCUUCAUGUUGGCCAGGCUGGUCUCGAACUCCUGACCUCAGGCGAUCCGCCCACCUCGGCCUCCCAAAGUGAUGGCAUUACGGGGGUGAGCCACUGCAUCCGGCCCAAAAGCUUUGUGUUUUUAAAGGUGUUAGACAUGUUUCUUGUUUUUAAAAGAAAUCUUAACAAUAAUAUAGACAACAUUUUUCCAAAAAAGAGAAAUCAUUGUGAUUAUUUUCUGUUAUUGGAAUGUCGGUUACUAUAGUUGGCUUCAUUAAUCAUCAAGCAUGCUAUGGAUUUUCCAUUUUUAUAGGAUCUAUAUCUCAGUUAAGGUAAUACUGGUAAAUCUCGUGCUCCACUUGAAGAUGAAAAAUAUAGGCCAAAAUCAUAGACUUUGCAUAGAAGCUGCAUAAUGAAGACAGCUCUGGAGGAACACAUAGGUACACACAGACACACAUAUAUAAAGUAUACACACAUAUAUUUUUUAAAGUUUAUUUUUUUACAGUUUUAAAGCUUUUAAAGCAAAAGCCAGCCCCUCCCCUCUCACAGAGUGGGCAGCCCCUCCCCUCUCUCUUAGUGGGCGGGGACAGCAGUUGCAUGGGCAGCUUGCCUUAUGAUGCCACAGGUCCCUCUGGACAUGCUGCUGCCUGGCCACGCCUCCUUUCCCUUUCAUCUUUCUCACUGACCAAUGGGCUUGGAGCAUUAAGGCCACGCCCCUAUUCUGCGUUCCAUUGGUGCCCUGGUUACGCCACCUGUGGCUCAGUCACACAGCUGCCUUGUAGGUGACUGGAGGCAUUCAGCAGUGCUCACUGGGAUUUUGCUGAUGUGGCCCCAACCCCGCCUCCCUCCCCACGCCGCGAUGUCAGAAAAAACACAACAGGGGAAAUUGGCCGCAGCCAAGAAAAAGUUAAAAGAAUAUUGGCAGAGGAAGAGCCCUGGCAUUCCAGAAGGAGCUAACAGGAAAAAGAAAAUCAAUGGCAGUAGCCCUGACACAGCCACUUCUGGUGGUUACCACUCACCUGGGGAUUCAGCAACAGGUAUCUACGGGGAGGGCCGUGCAUCCUCUGCUACCCUGGAGGAUCCGGAGAGCCAGUACCAAGAACUAGCAGUGGCCCUGGAUUCAAGCUCCGCAAUAAUCAGUCAACUCACUGAAAACAUCAAUUCACUGGUUCGCACAUCAAAGGAGGAGAAGAAGCAUGAGAUACAUCGGGUACAGAAGCUUGGGGGGUACCAAAACCAGACGGCUGAACCCCUGGCCCCAGAGCCCCCAGCAGGGCCAUCUAAGGUGGAGCAGCUACAAGAUGAGACCAACCACCUAAGGAAGGAGCUGGAGAGUGUGGGAAGACAGCUCCAGGCUGAGGUGGAAAACAAUCAGAUGUUGAGUCUCCUGAACAGGAGACAGGAGGAGACGCUAAGUGAACAGGAGGAGAGGCUACGUGAACAGCAGGAGAGGCUACGUGAACAGGAGGAGAGGCUGUGUGAACAGGAGAAGCUGCCAGGGCAGGAGAGGCUGCUGGAAGAGGUGGCGAAGCUGUUAGAACAGGAGAGGCAGCAGGAGGAGCAGGAGAGGCGGCAGGAGGAGCAGGAGAGGCUGCUGGACGAGGUGGAGGAGCUGCUGGAACAGGAGAGGCUUCGGGAGCAGGAUGAGAGGCUGUGGCAGCAGGAGACUCUGCAGGAGCUGGAGAGGCUGUGGGAGCUGGAGAGGAUGCUGGAGCUGGGUUGGGAAGCCCUCUAUGAGCAGUGGGCGGAGUCACACAGCGGCUUCGAGGAGCUGAACAACGAGAACAAGAGCGCACUGCAGUUGGAGGAACAAGUAAAGGAGCUGAAGAAGCCGGGUGGAGCUGAAGAGCCAAGAGGCUCCAAGUCUGCAGCAGCAUCAGGACCAGUACCUGUGUAUCGCUCUAGGAGCCCCGAUCCCACAGGAGCUUGGGUGUGCGGAGAAGCAGGGUGGACUCCCCAGGAGCACCCAGGCUUGGGUGGAGAAGCUGUUGGUACAGGAGAGGCGGCAGGAGGAGCAGGAGAGGCUGCAUGCCAUUCUUUUCGGGCUGCCGAGAACAGGGAGAUAAACAUCACCAUCAUCUAAGAGCUGGUCAAGAAAUUAAAAAAAAAAAAAAGUUAAGGGGUUAAUCUCCCACACAAUUCAUUUACUUCAUUUGAAUGUUAGAGCCACUUAUGUUUAUUUGUGUUUCUAAUUUAUAGUUUAAAUUUAUUUGUGUUUCUAAUUUAUAGUUUAAAUUUAUUUGUGUUUCUAAUUUAUUGUUUAAAUUUAUUUGUGUUUUUAUUUUAUAGUUUAAAUUUAUUUGUAAAAGGUUAAAUGAGAGUGGGUCUUUCUCUCAUGUUCACUCUGGCAUCUUUUAGCAUUUUUUAAAAUUUGAUAAUUAUAAGGCGUUAGCAUGCAUAUCAAGUUUGCCCUUAUGUGGUGGGAGUUCAAACACACAAAGACCCACUAUAUGCACACAACUGUUUUGCUGGUUUGGGAUAGGCUGCCAUGCUUUUUUAAUGUUAGUACAGCAUGUAUAUUCAUUACAGAAUUCAGAUAAAAUUUCCUUAUGUUCUGCUGUUAUGUUUGAUCGAAUCCUAAUCACAGUGAGCUCUUCAUUAGCUCAACAUGUGGUUUGCCCUCAAGUGCGCGGUCUAUUACUUUGUAAUAUGCCACUGUGAGUACUGACAUUUACAGUUGUUUAAAGGUGGAGCACUGGAAACAGCCUUUCCCCCUUUUUCUGUGUAUUGGGGAUGGGAGUAAUAACAUUUUGGGGAGGUUUUUAAAUCUCCCAGAAGAGGAAAGUAGCCUGCUCUGGCAGGUGUGUGCAGGAUAGAAUAUGUUUCAUUUGUUCCGGUGCCAAGAAUGAGCACUGUACUAUGGUAGUUCCCUUAGGAUUUGUAUGUGCUCUGGGAUCAUGAAGAUACUGCCUCAUGAGCUGUGGCAGUUGUCCUCUUUUUUGACGACCUGAAAAGGGAUUAUUUCUGAGGAAUGAAAGGCUCCCAUCAUGACUGUGGAUGUGGAAAACCUUUUCUAGCUGAGAGCAUUUAUAUCUACAAUACAUUUUAAAGUCAGAGUUCGUGUUCCCUGUUUUAAUCACAUGACUACAUGUCCCAGUACACAAAAGGGCACUGGUUGGCAUUCUCCUUAAUGUAUUUAGUAAAGAUCAGAAGAAAUCCUUUAAGAGUUUAAAUGUCCCUGGAACAGGCAUAUACAGGCUCUAGUCAAGAAUGAAUUCGAGUGAAGGAAAGCUGUGUGACACCUGGCAUUCCUCUAUGUUCAUGGAGCUUAUUUGAGGCUAGAAGAUGGAUUUUACCAUCUAGACCUCUCUGGCUAAUAGCUAGUCUUCAACCAUCUGACACUGGAAUUUACUUCUUUUCCUUGAAUGGAGAACACUUUAAAAAUAAUAACAAACAUUAUUAUAAACUAAUAUAUGUGAGAGUACCUAGUUGAAACAAAAAGGAGUUUUAGUAGACAGCAUUAUACUACAUUUGAAAAUCAAGGAGCAGUUUAUGCAACUUAAAAUGUUUACAAACUGCAGCGCAAUCUACUGUUUGUGACUGUCAAAGUGUCAUGAGGAAAGUGUCUAUACAAUCACAGAGUUAUAUUUCCUCACAAAGUUCUUUACGUAGAGUGAAAUAUGUUUUUAUACCUCUCAGUUUCAGUUAGAGGCAUAUUUUGUGUAAUAUUUAUGGCUUAAAAUGGACUAAAGGUCCUGUUCUUGCCUUUUCUGAACUUGCCGCUUUUGCAUUCUUUGAGUUCAGUUUAAAGACACUUAGUUUAACUCCAUUUUAAACCCUCGGGCUAGAAAUCGUACCACUGUUAAUUAGCCACGUUAUUUGGUCUAACAGUUUUUCUUUUAUCAUUGUGAAACUGAGCUUAUCUAAUACAUUGAUAAAUUAUUUCCAAGGUAUUUUUAUAGUUCAAAUCGCUUCACUUUUACCCUGACACAUAUAAAUGACUAGGAAUGACCUUCAGAUAGCGUUUAGCACCUGUAACCAAUCUGACAAUAAUGUGUUCAUCAGGCACCUGUGGAUUAAAUCACAUACUGGCAUAUUUAAGCUGAAUGUCAGUCUGAAAAAUAAAUGUACUAUAUUAACUCAAAUACCACUCUCUGUGUAGGUAUUUUGUCAUAUGUUUAAGAAAAAGCUAAAGAGAAUGGAAAUCCUAUGACAAUAACUCAAGUCUUUCUUCAAAGUGCGUGCAGUCUCUUGCAGUACCUCAUUCAGCCAAGUAUUUGUUCUCUUCCUCAUUCAGGAUAAGGCAGCUUUCAAUUUGCUUAGAAGGCAACAUUAGAAGGUUAGAGUUCAGCAGAAAGAUAGAAUUUAAAAUGUGACUUCAACUGAAUAAAUUUGAAUUUCUUUAGGGAGUAAAGAAUCAAAACACCUAUUUAAAGACUGCAAAAUAUGAUAAUUAUUUUUAAAGUAAUUGAUUAAACCUGGUAGGUUUUCCCAAAAUGAAAAACAAUCAGUUCUAAAACCAAAGCUGAUUUUUAGAAAAUGUGAAAAUGUAAGUCAACCCUAUCCAUAAUAGAUUCUCUAAAACCUUAUCUUACAGUCACUUUCAAGUAACUAUUCAAAAAUGUAACUGCUAUAUUAAUGUCUUAAAAUAAUUUAAAACAUUUUAAAAUAUGAAUACUGUAGUUUAAAACAAAGAAUCUAGGGGAAGGAAAAGUAGACAAAGAAAUGCCAAUUCCAGUCCAAAGCUGUAUUUGCCAAGUUUUCUUAGAAUGACUUUUACCGAUUUAUGAAUUCUUAUACACAGAAUGCAUGAUGGAAAUACUGAUUUUUGUCUAAAGUGGCAUUAUUGACUGCUUUUGUGAUGCUACUGUAAUGUAAUACAUUAUUAAAUUGUUUCAAGGUGC